AUGGCAACGAUUCCAGAAGAUGAAGAACCUUUAUUAGGAGGAAUCUCCUCAACUCCGAUCAAUCCAGAUAUCGAUACUAAUUUUGAAACGGCUGUGGAAGUAGCCUAUGACCAUCUCACUCAUCCCGAACAAGAAGAUACUCAACCUGAACUUCUAGAUCAUGAUAGUCAUCAUGCUUGGCUCUCCAAUCAACAAAGACAACGUAAUAAACAGAAAACUUGGUAUUCAAGACCCUCUCCCUAUAUGGUUGUGAUUGUGGCAUUCUCGUUAACAUUUGCUGGUUUAGGUGCUGAACUGUCUCGUCAAGUAAUAACCUAUAAAUUAGCCUGUAAUUAUUUGUCCAAGUUAGCUGGCUUUCUUGAUCCAAAUAAUGGGAAUAGAAGUUGUUCACCCCAAGAUACUCAAAUCCUUAUGUCUAAUUUGACAUUGGCCACUUCAAUUUCUCUGAACAUCAUCACUUUGAUUGCCUCCGGUAAAAUGGGUCCACUUUCAGAUGUUUAUGGAAGAAAGGUUUGUAUUAUUAUCAUCGUUGGUUUUGUAAUGCUUGGGAGAAUUCUAAAGUUUGCCUUGAUGUCUCAUUAUGAUUCGUUAUAUUUUGUCCCCAUGGUUUUAUGUGAGGUUAUUAUGAACUUGGGUGGUGGAGGAUUGGCAUUGAUUAGUAUUUGCAAUGCUUAUAUUAGUGAUGUUGUUGAACCACAUCAAAGAAGUUAUUCUCUCGGGUUAGCCAUUGCGGGAUUAUUCUUGGGUGCCAGUUUAGGUCCAGUCGUUGGGAAUUUGUUAAUCAAAUCAGGUCAAAAUACACCUAAGGCAUCAUUGGAUAAUAUUACAACGUCACCUAAAUAUAUCACUAUUGAACGUUACGAAUUUCUUCCAUUGAAGUUUGAACUCUUGGUCCUUGUGAUGUUACUUGCAUUUAUUAUUUUCAUUCUUCCUGAAUCAAGAGGAGAACAAAGUCGUCGAUUAUCUCGAUCAAUGUCCCACUCCUCACUUUCAAUUAGAAGUGGGUUGGUUGGAGAAUUGACUCCACCACAGAAGGAAGUUUGGUGGAAACGCUGGUUCGUUCAAUUAAACUUUGUUAAGCCAUUAUCCUUGCUCCGGGUUUCUAAAGACGUUAUAAGUGUGGACAAAAGAGCCGACUAUAAGAAAUAUCAAUUCCCAGUAUUAGCAUUGGUGGUUAUUGAUGCUUUCCUUACUGCAAUGGCUAUGGGUAUUCAAUCCAUAUUUAUUCUUUAUGGGAUCUAUCAUUUCCAUUGGACUCAAACAGACUUAGGACAUCUUUUAGCAGUUGAAGGGUCUGCAAGAGCUAUUGUUCUUGUUAUACUUUUCCCCUUAAUUAAUCAUCAAAUCUUUCAAGGUAUGCUUGGUUUCAAAAUCAACAAGAAGAAUUUUGAUAUGAUUGAUUUUAGUUUUAUAAUUUUUGGAUUAUUCUGUGAAUGUUUAGGGUUAACUCUGAUGAAAUUUGCUCCCACUACAUUAGCGUUUCUUGUCAGUUCUGGAAUUAUGGCUAUGGGUGCCUUGGCAGCUCCAAAUAUUAAUUCUACUAUAAUUAAGCAUUAUCCCGAGCUGAAAAUUGGUGAAUUGUUUGCUGCUAUUUCAUUGGUUAAAAAUGUUUCGGGUUUAAUUGUCCCCAUAGUAUUCAUUACUGCUUAUAAAUGGUUAUUGAAAAAUAGUGAUCCUGGUUGGUUAUUUGUGGGUAUUGGUGGGAUAUUGGCAUGUUUUAUGGUUUUAUUGGUUAUUGUCAAACAUAAACUACAAGAAGCAGCAACUACACCUAUACUUUAA